AUGUUGACUUCUCUGGCGAUCCCGACGUCCUGCGUGACGGACAUAUGGGUAACUUCAUCUGGGACUAAUACGGGCGUUUUUCUCGGCAACCCAUUUGAUUCAAGCUGCUGGCCCGGUAAGAGGGACUUAUCGACGACAAUCUCCCCUGCAUUCUGCCCGGUCGGAUAUACCAGCGCAUGCAAUGCUUCUCCAUCAAAUGAUGACAGCGAGACUGUAUGGGCGUGCUGUCCAACAGGAUUUUCCUGUGAUCCCGGCUUCUACUCUUGCAUUUCGGGUGGUCAAAUAAGCAAGACUUACAUUGUGACCGAUACCGAUCGCGCCGGAAACACCCUUACAUCACAGCUUGUGACGACCGGUGGCGUGAAUGCACAUUCCAUCAGAGUCGCAUUUCACUCCUCCGACAUCUUCGCCACAGCUACUCCCACAUCCUCUUUCGCCUCUUCCGCCUCAUCGCCAAUUCCUGUAUCAACUUCGCCCAGUGAUCUCGACGACUCAGAUUCUGACGAAUUAUCGUCAGGAGCUAAGAUUGGCAUAGGAAUUGGUAUCGGUCUUGGUGGUUUGAUAUUGUUCUUAGUACUUGGCUGGCUGGCAUGGCGAAGAUACAGAAACAAACGACUGGCUAGCGAACAGGAAGCCUCUGCUUAUCAACCGUAUAUAGCGCCUGGGCAGUACCAAACUCGUCCGGGACAGUAG